UAAACCCUCCAAUUUGACCGGCUUGACCAAAAACUAAGCUCAAUUUUGAAGCUUUGUUAAUUCGUUGAGUCCUCCUCUAUCUUCCGUCAAACCCUCUUUACUCUUUAGUUUAGUAUUUAUGUUAUUUUCACUGUUUUACACUCUUCCUUGAAGCACCCUCAAACAUGAGUCGUCAACCGGAGGCUCUUUGGGCUCAGCGUUCUGAUAAGGUAUAUCUUACGAUUUCUUUGCCUGAUGCGAAAGACAUUUCUGUUAAAUGUGAACCCCAGGGGUUGUUUAGCUUCUCUGCCAUGGGAGUGCAAGGAGAAUCUUUCGAUUUCAGUUUGGAGCUUUUUGGGAAAAUAGUUCCCGAGGGUUGCAAAACUAAUGUUGGGUUAAGGAAUAUAAUAUGCUCGAUCAUGAAAGAAGAAAAAGGGUGGUGGAAAAGAUUGUUGAAGUCAGAAGAGAAACCUGCACCUUACAUCAAGGUUGAUUGGAACAAAUGGUGUGAUGAAGAUGAUGAAGAUCCAAAUUCUGAUUUGGCCUCUGAUGAUGAUGAUGACCAGUAUGUUUCUCGAGAAGAAGAAAGUAGCGAUGAUGAAGGAAUGCUGUAUCUUCCUGAUUUGGAAAAAGCAAGAGGAAACUAAGAAAUGAAACCCGAUUUACCAUUGACAAGUUGAAGAUGGAGGUACUAAGCUUUUCUUGAAGAGCUACUCAAUUUUAUGUAGUGGAAUUAUAACCUUGUGCUUAAAAAGCAGGGUUAGUUGCAAAUUUAGAGCCGAUAAAUAAUUGUGACCGUCUUGAAAAUCUGAAUUCAGUUGAAUAUAUUGUUGC